AUGCAGUUUGCGCGGCGGCUCAGCGGGCAGGGCCCAGCUGCUGCGAGGCGCGGGGCGGAGGCCGAAUCACCUGGCGGGGCGCCGGGAUUUGCCGAGCCGAGCGCGCCGGGCUUGCACCCAGCUCACCUCAGAGCAGGUCGCGUCGACGCGCAGGCCCCUCCCGGAAGGGGCGGUGGGGGUGGGCUGCCCGAGGCCCCGCCCCGGAGGCGGGAGCAGUCCGGGAGGGCGGGGCCCGGCCGGCCCCCGGGGUUCGCGCGCCAGCUGGCUCACACCCUGCUGGUUAGCAUGGCUGCUGGGAAGGGUGCUGUGCGGAGCUCUUCAGCUGAAAACAGUUGGCGGCUUAGUGAAGCCGACCAUGGCAGGGGUUGCAAGCCAGUGCUGCUGGAGAAAACCAACCACCUGGGCUCUGAGGCUGCCACAGGUGGUGGGGGCCAGCAUGAGGCCUGUGCUGAGCUGGUGCUGUCAGCAACCCCAGGCAAACUCAGACUGGGAAAGGCAAUGGCCCAGAAGGUGUGCUGGGAACAGGGGCAGAGUGCCUUCACGGAGGUGCCUCGGCUCAAGAAGAGGCUGGAGGGUGCACAGGCCAAGGAGAGGGAGCAUGGUAACCCCACAGGCCAGCCUGUCCCCCAGCAGCUGACACAGGAGAUCCCCAGGGAUCCAGCUGGCAGCAAGGUCUUCUCUUGGCCCAGCGGAGCCCAAGGGGAACCGAGAAGCGCCUUCAGCAAACCAGCCAGGUGUCCAACAGGGAGACCUGGGCCAACCUCUGUCUUCCAGGCAGAGGGACAUGCAGAUGCCCUUGGGGAGCUGUUGGGACUCAUCAACACGGUAGAUGUCCCUUGUUGGGGUCAACUUUCAAAUUCUAAGUUUUUGGUGGGUGAUUUCUGGAACCUGCAAAUGUUGCCACAAAAUGUUCCCAUCUGCAGUGCUUUCAUGGGUGCCCCCACACUGUGGCUAAAGCCUGCCACUGGCCAGAUACCCGUACCUUCAUCAUCCUCCUCUCCUGCCUCCUGGGCUCUGCUGCAACCCACGUUCACCUCCCUGGGCCUGUCCACCCAGAACUGGUGUGCAAAGUGCAACCUGUCCUUUCGCCUGACCUCCGACCUGGUCUUCCACAUGCGGUCCCACCACAAAAAGGAGCAUGCAGGUCGUGACCUACAUUCUAAGAAGCUGAGGGAAGAGGCCCUCACAUGUCCCAUUUGCCAUGAAUACUUCCGGGAGCGCCACCAUCUGUCUCGGCACAUGACUUCUCACAGUUAG